UAUACGCCUCUGUCUACAGUUGACAUCUUUGUUCAGAAAACACAAGCAAAAGCAAGGUUUGUUCUACCUUGGACAAUAAUCAGCAUGUCUUGUAAUGUUGCCCCAAACUUUACAUUUCUAUGUGAUGCACAAGCGGCUUGGGGAAUCAUAAUGGAGACAUUGGCUGCAGCUGGGGCUAUCUUCACCAUCAUGCUUAUGUUAGCACUUGUCGUUAUGGUACCUCGCAUCUGUGACAGUGCCAAGAGGGCUCUAGUUCCCAUCCAGCUUAUCUUUCUCCUCGGUACACUGGGGAUUUUCGGCCUGACAUUUGCCUUCAUCAUUCAACUGAAUUCACAGACCUGUCCUACACGCUUUUUCCUGUUUGGAGUCCUGUUUGCAAUUUGCUUCUCCUGCCUUUUAGUUCAUGCAAGCAAAUUGGUGAGACUGGUUCGAGGUGGCCUUGGAAUGUCAUGGUGGGUCAUGCUUGCCACCGUCAUUGUUCUGUCACUUGUUCAGAUAAUUAUUGCUAUUCUGUAUGUAGCAAUCUAUCUGACAAGAAAUGCAAGUAACUGUGAAGGAAAUAGUAAGCACAAUACUGAUUUUGUGCUCAUAUUGAUAUACGUCUUUGUGCUCAUGGCAAUUACUUUUACAGUGUCGAUUUUCAGUUUGUGUGGUCCUUUCAGCUACUGGAAGAGGCAUGGUCUCCAUAUAUAUAUAACAAUAUUUAUUUCUAUGGGCAUUUGGGUAGCCUGGAUUGUUAUGCUGCUAAACGGCAAUAUAACUUUAGGUAACCCACAAACAUGGGAUGACCCAGUGAGAGCCAUAGCAUUGGUAGCAAACGGUUGGGUCUUCCUGAUUCUAUACAUUGUGCCAGAGCUUUGCCUUUUAACCAGAUGCCAACCUAACCAUUCCAAAGAUGUGAGCCAAGACCAACCACGCCUUCUUCGACAAACUGUUGGAGUGGACAACCAAGUAUUUGCUCAAGAAGACUCUAACCUUGGCUCAAACUCUGGAAGAAGUUCACCUUAUUCUCCGCCACGAUUUGAUGCAACUCUUGCUUUGAGGGAUAUGGAAUCCCCAAAGGAGUUCACAAUACCUCGCCCACAACAGUGCCAAAACUCAUUUAUGCACUAUAGAUCUCAUGAUCUUAGUGAUAUGUAGCUAAGAAUCUAUUUGAGAGAUCUACUAGCUUCUGCCUUCUGCCUUCCAAUACUCCAGCAUAAUAACCUUUUAACAAGAACAUGGACAGUAGAUUUUGCUUAUUGUACCUCUUGCAUUGGGCAACUAGCACCCUGUGUGUAUGUGUAUAAGCGUUAUAUAUAUAUAU